AUGGACCAUCUCUAUUAUCGCGCCGAGAAUCUCAACAAGCUCGUUAUCAAGAAGAUUGGAGAAAAUCUGAAGGACGGCGAGAAAUUGCUCUCUUGCAAUCUUGCUAAUUCCCUAACGGAGACUGCCAGUGCUGAGUGGGAGCGUCUGUCGCAGCUGGAGGAAGGAAGCUCGGUUGCUUUGGUGGGCAGUCUGGCCGCGUGUGUCUACAACUUCAACGGUCCGAUGGCUACUAGUAUGAAGGUCAUCGCUCUACUACGUCAAAUCUUUCACUAUGCCAAUAACGAUCGGUUGAAGGAGGCGAGGAGGCUUAUUACAGUCUCCAACGUGCAUGAGAGAGUUCCUCCUUCGCUGAGUGGUGCUGGAGCUGAUGUGAAUACCCAGGUCUUGUACAACAGGGCGUUGGCUGCUAUUGGUAUGGCGCAUUUCCGAGCCGGAAAUGUAGCGCAAGCUCACAAGUAUCUUUAUGAGCUAUGUGGUCAGAAUCGUUGUCGAGAGCUCUUGGCUCAAGGAUACAGUCGAGUGUCAACUAUGCGUGGAGAGGAGAAGACUCCUGAGCAGGAGAAGGCUGAGAGGCGCCGUCGUCUUCCCUACCAUAUGCAUAUGAACCUCGAGCUCGUCGAGACCGCCCACAUGAUCUGCGGCGUAUUGCUGGAGGUCACUCAAAUGGCAUAUCACCGUGCUACUGGUGCGAACAGCCCCCUUGUGAACAGAGUCGUCCGUCGAUCUCUCGAGUUGAUGGACCGUCAAACCUUCCUUGGUCCUCCCGAAUCUGGUCGCGACUCGGUCCUCUUUGCUGGCAAGGCCGCGCUGUCUGCAGACGUCGACCGUGCGGUGACUUUGAUAAAGUCGUUGAAGAUCUGGGAUCAACUUCCUGCUACUGUGCUGCCUCUUAUUGAGGAGGGCAUGAGGGAGACGUGCCUGCAAGUGGCCUUGUAUAGGAGUAUGCUCACUCACACGUCGGUCGAUUCGCAGCAGCUAUCGCAGCACUAUAAGGUUGACCAUAGCACUGUCAAUGCUAUGAUUCGACAACUGAUUUUCCGAGGAGAGUACCCUGCGCAGUUUGUCGCGGAAGGUGAACUUGGCGAUGCUACUGAGGAUAAGAUGCUCUAUACCAAGUAA